ACACAAAGAAGGAAAAGCACAAAGCAAAAAAAAUACUCAAAACAAAUAAAAAUAAUGUUGCGAGCCCGUAGUUGCGUUGCCAAAUCCGUGAAAAUCCGUCAAUCAUGAAGGGAGACGAUCGUGACGACACUUCGGAGCCAACGCUUUACGCGCCGCUCAAAAAAAACAACAACGAGAGUGACUUUAGUGAUAUUACGAUAUCGCCGACACCACCGCGAGACACAAACAAUUUGGUUUACUUGAGCUUACUAUCAUGCGGCAUCGGAUUCAUCCUGCCGUACAGCAGUUUUAUCGUCGCUGCGGAUUACUGGCAGGAUCGAUUCAAGGAAAAUUCCGUCGCAAUUGACAUGUCUCUCACAUAUAUCUUGACUGCGUGUUGCACCGCAUUCGCUAAUAGCUUGACAAUUACAAUAAUUCCCUUUAAAUGGCGCAUCAUGUUGGGCUAUACGAUUUCCUUCAUGGUUCUCGUCUUUAUUACCGUUUGCGAAGUCGCCUUUCACGUUUUUUCCAAAACGACGGCCUAUCAUGUGUGUUUAUUGGCUGUUUUGGCAGUUUCCUUCGGAAGCACCGUGCAACAAUCAAGCUUUUAUGGAUUCUCUUCGGCAUUCCCGAACAAGUAUACGCAAGCUCUCAUGGCGGGCGAAAGUGUAGCAGGCUUUUUGGUCUCAACAAAUCGAGUUUUGACGAAACUUCUUAUCGCUGAUGAGCGUUUAUCGACCGUGAUAUUUUUCAUGACGUCAAUUGUGUAUGUGAGCAUCUCCUUUGUGCUGCACAAAGUCUCGAUGAAGACCCCUUUUGUGCGUUUCUACCUGAGUCAAUGCUCAAAAACGGUUCAAACGGCGGAAUUCAACAUGGAAUCUUACGUUUCUGAUGACAACACAAGUCGAAAAGUCCCCAUGAGUUUCAGUAAUCCGCUUUACAAUCCAUCGCAGGUCGAAAGUAGUUGCGAUACGACAAGUCAAAGUUUGGAAAUUGACAAAAUAGAGUUGCAAGGUCCUUCGACAGCGACUGUUGGAGGCAAUUCGGGCGGCAUUCGCUCACGAUGGGAUGUGGUAAAGACAAUUUAUCCGUAUAUGACGUCAAUUGCGAUCGCGUAUUUCGUGACACUGUCGUUGUAUCCAGGCAUCGAAAGUGAAAUCAUAUCAUGUAAUUUGCGAAGUUGGAUGCCCGUGUUACUAAUGUUCACUUUUAACACAGCUGACGUGAUUGGGAAGAUAUUGGCUGCUAUUCCGUAUCCAUGGACUGCGAGACAAUUGAUUCUGUUGUCGACACUGCGAAUUAUCAUUGUUCCCCUUUUGUUGUUGUGUUGUGCACCUCGCAAGAGACCCAUAAUUCACGGAGAAAUUCCCUCAUUUGCAUUUACAGCGGUGUUUGGACUGACAAAUGGCUUAUCGGGGUCCUUGCCGAUUAUUCUUGCACCCAAUAAAGUACCGUCCUCGUUGAAGGAGAUCGCAGGUAACUUGAUGACUCUUUCAUACAAUCUCGGCAUGGCAUUUGGCUCCAUCAUGGGAUACCUUUUUGACAGAAUUCUCGGCGAAGCGGAAGAUAUCACGUCAGUUUGCCCGGUUUUUCCGUAUGCUCCAUAUCCGGCUCACAUGCCAACGACGACAGAAAAGGCGAAAACGGUAAUCACGAGCACGCUUUUCUCCAUGCUGAAUGUCACAACGACCGCGGCGAGUCCUGAAUCGACACUUUUAUCAUCGUUUGAUCCGGUGACAUCGACAUCCGCCUCGUUCUCGACACUCUACUAUGAAUCUACAAUAAUAUCAACUACGGAAAAUGAUACAUAUUUAUAGAUGAUUUACAAUGUGAUGAUGAUAUUUUGAUUUAAAAUCAACAAAAAAACAAA